UUGGCAUUCAUUUUGGGGUUCAUUUGCACUUUCUCCACUUGUCAUUUGGAAAUAUCCCAAAACUGUAGUUCAUAUUUCAUAUAUACUCUAGAAAAUAGAAAAUGGGAAGAACACCUUGUUGUGAGAAGGUUGGUCUCAAGAGAGGCAGAUGGACUGCAGAAGAAGAUGAAAUUCUCACUAACUAUAUUCAAGCCAAUGGUGAAGGCUCUUGGAGGUCAUUACCCAAAAAUGCUGGGUUACUAAGAUGUGGAAAGAGUUGCAGACUGAGAUGGAUUAAUUACUUGAAGACUGAUUUAAAGAGAGGCAACAUAACUUCUCAAGAAGAGGCUAUAAUCAUCAAGUUGCGCGCAACUUUGGGUAACAGGUGGUCUCUAAUAGCAGAACAUUUACCAGGUAGAACAGACAAUGAGAUAAAAAACUAUUGGAAUUCUCGUUUGAGCAGAAAAGUAGAAAGCUUAAGGAUUCCAAGUGACGAAAAGCUACCACGAGCAGUUGUAGAAUUAGCCAAAAAAGGAAAACAUCAACAAAUUAUCAAACAAAAGCGUAGAAAAAAAACAGCAAACGUUAGCAAUUCAAAUUCCACAAGUGAAACUACAGUUCCUAUUAUGUUCUCAACACCGAAUAUAGAGAAAGAAACCAUAAAUACUAUAGCAAGUGGCGAUAAUAAUGCCUUGGAGCUAGAUCAUAAUGAUAAUCAGAUGAUGUGGCAUGACGAUAUUGUGCUAAUGGACGACAAGGAUGCAAAGCUGGACCAAGAUUUCAUUUAUAGUUGUUUAUGGAACGACGAAGGAGAAAAUCUUGAAAUAGUCAAGAAUAAUAAUAACAAUAACAAUAAUAAUGAAAUAUUAAAUGUGGAUAGUUAUGGUACGCUAGAUUGUUGGGAUUGGGAAUAUUUGGCUGAAUGGAAUAAUGAAAUAUGGGCAAGUACUGAAGAUGCAGAGCAAGAGAAUAACAAUAUAUCAAAUUUUUGUUCCACUGAUGAAGCACCAAUGGUAGAAAAUAUUGAUCUCAUGCAGAGUGAUUUGGUAGCUUGGCUUUUGUCUUAAUCCAAGAACUAUAUAUUAUAAGGAAUUACACAAUUUUGUUGUAAUGUGGAGUAUUUGUUUUUAUGGUUUUGGAAUUAGACUAGGCAUGCAGAGUGGGUCAAAGUGCAGUUAUUUUUAGGCUAGAAUCAUGUAUAUAUGGAUAAAAAGUAGUAAAAAAAAUGUUGUGUA